AAACCCUAUCCACUUUACUCUAAACCUCCAGUAGCUUCGUCUUUCUUCUUCAGUCGCCCUACAAUGGCCUUGCCUUUGUCUGGCACGCGCCACCUGACGUGCGCUCUCCUCUCCAAUGCCACCGUAAUGGCUCCUCCUCGGAUCCCUUCCUCUGUUCACUGCGGUGGAUCUCGGUUAAGUUGCUCGACGCGGUUCUUCUCAAUCCGAUGCGCAGCUAACCGGUCAGGCUCUGCUUACUCGCCGCUUAACUCUGGCUCUAACUUUAGUGAUCGGCCUCCGACGGAGAUGGCUCCUUUGUUUCCUGGAUGCGAUUAUGAGCACUGGCUUAUUGUUAUGGAUAAACCUGGCGGCGAAGGUGCCACUAAGCAGCAGAUGAUUGAUUGUUACAUUCAAACCUUAGCUAAAGUCGUCGGAAGUGAGGAAGAGGCGAAGAAGAAGAUCUACAAUGUUUCGUGUGAGAGGUAUUUAGGUUUUGGCUGUGAGAUUGAUGAAGAGACGUCGACUAAGCUUGAAGGUUUACCCGGUGUUCUGUUUGUGCUUCCAGAUUCCUAUGUUGAUCCUGAAAACAAAGAUUAUGGAGCUGAGUUGUUUGUUAAUGGAGAGGUUGUCCAACGAUCACCAGAGAGGCAGAGGCGGGUUGAGCCACAGCCGCAGAGAGCCCAAGAUAGACCGAGAUACAAUGACAGAACUCGAUACUCCCGCCGCAGAGAAAACACAAGAUAAACUGUAACUGAAGAAGGUAUACACAUACACCGAAUCAAAUCAAAGAAUAGCCAGUAUGAUGAUGAUGAUGAUGAUAAUGGUGGUGGUGAUAGAAGUUUGCUGCUGCCACGAGAGGGCUCCGUAUUCCAGGCCUUUGCAGUUUAUGGACCUACUUUGGAUAUUGUUGAAGUGCUAAGUUUUGAUUCUAUGUAACAUUUUCAUAUAAUAAUGUAAAUUGAGGUUUCACUGUUUUAGGAGAAUUGUGUACUGAUAUCAAAAAUUAGUUUUGUUUUGAAGAACAAAUGCUGUUUUGUCCUUAAAUUUUUACCCAUUAACGUGGCA